ACAUUACUGCGUGUGUGUGUGUGUAGAUCUAGCCCGGUUUCUGUCGCGUGGACGGCGCUGCUCGUCUCACAUCUGGAGCCCCUGGAAUCCCGUUUUCAGCACCUGGACAGCUCCCGGCAGUGAACCUCUUCUUCUUCUUCUUCUUACCGGGCACAUGGAGUCCCUGGUGUGAUUGUGGGGGAAGCCCUACACGCACAUCAUGCCCCCCUCCCAACAUGUCUUGCUGAUUCAGUGACAGCCGCCGUCGUCUCCGCUGAAGAAUGCUGCUUUCGGUCCGGAGGAGGUGUUUUCGUCGUGCGCUGUCUUCCGCGAGGCGAUACGGGUGCUUGGCCAACGCACAUUUAAGGGGAAUCGCAGCCUACACACAGCAAGAGUCGAGCUUCUCUCACACUGAUCACCAUCAUCAUCAUCAUCAUCAUCGUCGUCGCGGAGAAGGGAGAUAUUACCAGCAUCACUGCGAGGGCGAAGGAGUCACGACCACACUUAAUACAAUGUAGAACACUCCAUGCGAGGUGUGGUAUGAGCCAGGUCUCUGCAGCGGUGAAAUCGCAUUUCACACGUGGGGUCAUUUAGUGUGGACGUCUAUUUGCAGCAGCAAGACCUCAACAUGAGCAACCCCCAGGCUCAUCCCAAGGCCAGAGCCUCAGAGCUGGAGGUGAUCUCCCAGCAGGUGGAGGAGGACAACCAGUGCGGGGCCCCUGGCCAGCUGGCCAGCUUCGCCUACAGAGACUUGCCUGUGGACAUAUCCCUCGCUGGAUCGCAGCUCAUCUCGAACCCAGAUGAAGAGGACAACAGAGACGGGGCGAACUGGCUGAAGCCGUGCUGCGGGCGGAGGGCGGCGCUGUGGCAGGUCUGUCUGCUGUCGGUGGGCUUCAACUGUUUCCUGGUGGCCUGCGUCAUUCUGGUGGUGGUGCUGCUAACGCUGGAGCUGCUCAUUGACAUCAAGCUGUUGCAGUUUAAUAACGCAUUCCAGUUUGCCAGCAUCAUCCACUGGAUCAGCCUGGCUGUUCUCUGUGUGUUCUUCGCUGAGACGGUGUUCAGGAUCGUGGUGUUGGGGAUAUGGGAUUACAUAGAGAACAAAGUAGAGGUGUUUGAUGGAGCUGUCAUCGUCCUCUCUCUGGCCCCCAUGGUGGCCUCCACAGUGGCCAACGGCCCCAGCAGCCCCUGGGAUGCUAUCGGUCUCAUCAUCACACUGCGAAUCUGGAGGGUCAAGAGGAUCAUUGAUGCCUAUGUGCUGCAGGUGAAGGUGGAGAUGGAGCUUGAGCUCCACCAGUAUGAGAAGGCCAAGGCGGUGAGGGAUGAACAGCUGGACCGUCUCACCCAGAUCUGCCAGGAGCAGGCAUUUGAAAACAGGCAGCUGAGGGCCCACCUGGCCCAGCAGGACCUAGAUCUGGUAGCAGAGCGUGAGGCAGCCAUGCAGAUCCACCACAUGUGGGGUAAACAGAGCAACAGUUUCCAUGAGGUGGAUGGACUGGCCUCUGGGGCCUCAGAGCAUCACGGGCCAGCUAAAGCUAGAGAGCCUCGGAGAGCCGCAGAUCGCCACGGCCACGACGACAUGAACAACUACAUCAGCCAGUACUACAGUGAGCCGAGCAGCGAUAUGGGGAUCCCAGACCCGGCACGAGUCAUCACCACCGCAGACAUCGAUGUGCACCUGCCCAACAACCCCAGCCAGCUUCCCUCUUUGGUGAGUGCGGACGCUGUGUCGUCCAGCCGCUUGCAGCGCACCGUCAGCUCCGUCAGCGAAGCCUCCACCACCACAGCGUCCCGCAGCAGCUUCAGCAUCCGGCAGCACAGCAUCAGCAGCCACACGAUGGGCUCCACCACGGACUGCAGCUCGACGGUGCGCGAGGCCUCCACCUCCACAGACUACAGCGACCAGCGCUGCUACCCGCCGCCGUACAGCAGCCCCCUGGCCCUGGGCACUCAGCCGCGCGGCAGUCCCAGCGCUGUGAUGCAGGAGCUGCUCUCCACUUUGUCUGAGAACACCUGUCUCACCCAGAAGGGCCUAGACCCUGUUAACCUGAAGCCACCCAGCCCAGCGGGUUCCACCGAAAGCAGCCCUGAGCUGGAGCACAGGGUGAACAUCUACAACAAGAGGAACCAGGAGAGCAGAGUGGGGCUGCACUCCAAGCCGCUCAUCCACCUGCAGGGCAAAGAGCCUCUUCUAGAGGAGAAGUACAGGCUGAUGGAGCCAGUAGACAUCCCAGUCAACAGUCUGUCAGAGACAUAAGACUCCGCCCCCGACACGUGGACGACGCAGGACUCGCUCUGCAGGUCAACGGCAAAAAUGAAUGCGAGACGAAACUCUUGGGAGUCGCUGGCACAUGAACGAUGUCCGUCAUCCUCUUUGUGCUGUUGGGACUGAGAGGGUGAACUUGCCAGAGCAGCACAAUAACAAAGGGCAUGACGACUGGAGAAGGCUAAUUGGUUAUCAGGCCCCACUUAUCAGGAAUUGACACUCACAAAAAUUGACACUGACAAAAAACAUUGAGUUUUAUGAAAAAUUAACCAAAAGAAACCAGCAACAGGGCUCGAGCACUGAACUUGUCAGAAAACCGGUUUUGCAGAAGAAAAAGAAAUCUAUGUUAAGUUAAGGUUUGACUUCUAGGAAGUGAGGCUCGUGAGGGGCUGGGAUGGGCUGUUCCUUUGAUACACUUUGUAGGAGUUGCAGUCGAUGAACAGAGGGCCACAAACUGUGAAUCAAACUUUCCAUUCGCUACAAGGCAUGGACAUAUAUGUGCAGGUGUAUCUGCUGUUUUUAGAGUCAGUUUAGUCUCUAAAUUCUCAAAGAACAGUCCGUUGAUGGGACUGCUGCAGGGUACAUUGGAUCGGUCCAACUUAUUUCUAAUCUUUGUCUUUCUAUAUUAGCAAUGUUAACAUUUGUAUCCUAACUCCAUCAGUAGAACGAGUGUGGCAGGCUGAAUGACUCAAGAGAUGCAGUGUUUUUAUCCAGGUGCCAUGACUGAACUCCAACAGACCCACCUGUCAGUGAUUUUGAAAACUAAAGUAUGUCCCACAUGUACCAAAUUAAUUGAAAGCUCCCUUUACAUGAUGGAUCAUUCAGGUAUUUAUGAUUUUUGAUGAUGUGUGGAAGCUGUGUAAAUAUUUCAGAAUGGGUUUAUCACAGCCAAAUAUAGUGAGGGACUUGAAGUGACGCUACACUAAUGUCAAAAAGAAAAAUAUAGCAUGAACCUUCAAGAUUUGCCUCUUAUUGAAACCCAACUCUGUUUGUUGUACCGUUAACAGACAUUUUCUAUCUUG